AUGCCUCCCAGAGUCAGUAGACGCACUACCCGCCUCUCAAGCCGGGAACCCGAGCAACAAUCUACGAAUGAGCCGCAGAAUACGUUAGUGAGGCCUCAUUUACCGGCUCUUCAAGGGACUCCAAGUACACGGAGACAGUACACAUAUGGCUCUGCUGCUGAACCACCGCCAAAAGUGGGAGCUGGUCUGCAGCGCAUGGAUUUGGGCAGUGCCGUUAAUCAAGCCCUUGCUAACGACAUCGAGGAUGAGGAAGAAUUUGUUAGGCCAGCAAAGUCAAGGCCAGCAUCCGCAAGGGCAGAUGACGCAGGCCCAUCAAGAGACAAUACAUCACGCCCAGUAACAGGCACUGUUCAGCAAUUAGCGACUGAGAGAGAUGAUGAUAGCUCACGAAGCUUUGGCUUGGAAAGUGAAUACUACGAAGAUGCAACAAUAGGAUCGGUGCCACCUUCGGCAGCAAGUACUGAAAGGCAACUUGCUGCCUCCAACCUAAACCCUCGAGCUCAACGAGAUGCGUCUGUACAGCGCGGCCUACAGCCAUCUCGUCUAAGCCAGCAACUCAAUUUUGAGCCGCAGCCCAGUAGAUCGAGAGAAACCCAGCAAACGUCACUCCAAGUCCCGAGACAAACACGGCAGCAAUCGCGUGAACUAGAAGAAGACGAGCCGGCAAAGAGGGCUGCGCCUACUGGCCGAAGUAGGACUUCGAUCAACACACCAGCCGCAAACAAAACCAGACAAAGCCAGCCCCGGCCUCAAAACCCUCUGUUGGAAGAUAGCGAACAGAGUGAAAGCUCUGCUGAAAGCGACCAAGAAGAUAUUGAAAGCGACACCCGAUAUGGAGGCAACGCGAGAAAGGCACGCACUAUCACAAAGAAAACUUCUACACGUACAGCCAACACAAACCGUCGACAGACAGCACAACAGCUAUCUCGACAGGCUGCUCCUGAGAGGAGAGAUCAAAGAACAAGCGGGGGCCAGAGCCUUUUUUCUACACCUGGAAGGACUCUUUCACAAUCAAGCGCGUUUGAAAAGGCUCGCCAGAUUCCCCGUGAUCCACAAGAGCGUGUUUGGGACAUUCAGCGAGAGAUUCAAGAAACAGAGGACCAAAUUGCUCGUGAACGAGCCGAGAGAGCCGAGAGAGAACGAGCGCCCCCAAUAGAGCCGUGGCGUCGAUGGUAUCGGGAACAGAUUGCUUGGUUAUCAACACUCUGGCCAUUCAGCUUGAUCUGGAGACGGCACGGAGACGAUGACUUUGAUGAUUUUGACGAUGACCAAUACAACAAUGGUGGCCCUACGGAUUGGUGGAAGUUACUAAACCCCAUGACAUAUCUACAGUCUGUGGUAUGGUUGGUCGAUAAAAUUAUGGAUCAUUUCGUCAACUUUCUUGACAGAUUAUCUGGUGUUCAAAUCCGAGGUUCUCAGAUUGAAGGAGUUGUCUAUACUGUCCUCAUGGUCGGUGUUAGCUUACUUUUGGGAGUCUUCCUCUUUUCAGGCAUGGGAGCUGUGAAACCAUCUCUACCGAGCAUGCCAUCCUUUGGCUUAGGUGAUUUCCAUAUCCCGAACCCUUCUGGCUUUGUCCACAACGUCGGAGAUAUGAUACCAUCGUUCUCAAUGCCCUCAUGGCCUUCCUGGAGUAGAGAUGACGAUGAGCCUGAUGUCUUUGCAAACAUUCCCAUUGACAACAUUCAAGAUGAAGUCAAAAAAGCAGUAAAAAAGCUGACGUCAAAGCUCAGUGACCAGAAGAAAAGCCUCGAGAAGCUGGAAGCGAAACUCCCUCAAUUCAUCACCAUGGAAACCGUCAAUGGAAAACCAGCUAUUCCCCAACAGUUCUACCACGGUCUUCAAGAUUAUCUUAAAGAGAGUGGAAGCUUUUUGAACAUGAAAAAGAACCGUGGAAACUACGAGAUCUCCACGGAAAAGCAAUGGAAGGCCAUUGUGACUGGACUCGGUAAAGACAAAGAUUUCCAGUCGAAGCUCACAAAAGAGGUCGACCGCGGCAUUGAGGAGAAGCUGCCUACUUUCUGGGACAAAUGGUUCAAGAAUAACAACAAGGUUCUCGAACCGCUCGUUGAAAAGGCAAUGGCCAAGACAAAGGCUGCUGGGUCAGGAGCUGCAUUUGACAAGAAAGUCGCCCAGAUUGUGAAUGAACAACUCGGCAAGCAGAACCAGACUGUUGUUACGCGAAGCGAAUUCAUAAAGCACCUUGGGAAUGAACUGGUGGCCCAUCGAACAACAGUUCAAGCCGAGCUCCAAGAGUUAAAGUCGGAUAUGUUGACUCAUAUUCAAGAGUCGAUCCGUACUGCACAGUUGAUGGCCCCCCAGGGAACAUCGGACGCUGAGAUGAGGAAGCUCAUCAAAGAGAUCGUUGUCCAGACUAUAUCCGAUGAAGUCCUCGGAGUUGGCGCCAAGGCAAAGAUCCAUGAAGAUUGGAACACACGUCUCAGGCACCAGGUCAACUUCUUUGCGGUUGGCGCCGGGGCUACCAUUGAUAACUCUCUCACGACAAGUGUGUGGGAUCCAUGGAAGAAGGGCGUCGCUAAGACAGAAGCCUUGAAGCGCGGCAUCUCUGGCAUACGUCCUCUCCCUGCCGCGGCAGCUCUUCACCCUUGGCAAGAUGAAGGAGACUGUUUUUGCUCAGUCCACGACAUCGAUGGUAGCGGACGAUACCACGGUGCCAGAAUCUCCGUUCACCUUGGCCAUCUGGUUGUUCCCACUGAUAUCGUCAUCGAACACAUUAAUAAAAACGCCACGACAGAUCCACUGGCUCGGCCGCGACAGAUAGAAGUCUUUGCUAGAUUCGAAGAUAAAAUGGAGCGUGAUCAAGUGUUUGCUAUAACAUCCAACUGGUUCAGAGACGACACCACAAAUCGGAACGUGUCUGUUCCCCUAUCCGACCAAUUCGUCAAGAUCAGCGAUUUUGAAUACGUUGGAAACGAGCUAAACGACGGCGUGCACGUACAGCACAUCAAAGAUCAGUUCUCCAACCUCGGAAUCGGCACAGAUCAGAUCGUCGUUCGAUCGAUGGGCAAUUACGGCGCGCCGGACCAUACGUGCUUCUAUCGUAUUCGAUUAUUUGGAAACCUGGUGGAAUAG